AGGAGGAGGUAGUCGAGGGAAGGAGACAGAGACUAAACCGAUGUCUUUCCCUGGCAGAUCUGAAUUCCAGUUUGUCUGCUUCACUCCGAAAAGGAAAGCUUCCACUCCCACCACUGGGUAUGAACAGUAGUGUGUGUGAUGUAUGUUUUCUUCUAUAUAUGUGCCCAGACUAACAAACCACAUCACAAAUAUAAUUAAAAGUAUUUUCUAUGUCACUUUAUACUUUACAUCCACUACACUUGAGAAAGAAAUGUUUUAUUGUUUAUAGAUUAAACUAACCAUCAACAAUCUCCCAUCUAGAUCACUUUGGUUUUAAAGACUGUAUUUUUCACUUAGUUAAGAUUUAGGAGUAUGUCAUGAUACUGCAGGCGGUAAGAAACUAUCACAAAUGUUAACUCUGAAUUAGUCCAGAGGGACAUGUAUUGUUACCAGGACCUGCACAGGUGAAGAAAAUCUGUUGUCACUAUCAUUUGAUAAAAACAUGGUUGUUUUAACGCGUGCCUCCUGCUAUUGCGCUGGCUGGACUCUCACCCUUCCUCCUCCAUCUCCCAGUCUGUUUGUGAUUUAAUUCCAGUAAAGAUCAUCAUCAGCUUUAUCCAGUCAAGGCUCUGAGCCAGUUCCCUCAGUGGGACGGGGACCCGCUCCACUAACUAAUGAUCCAACUGGUCUCAGACUGUGACCUGUCUGACGUCAGCGGGUAUUAGGUGCAUGCUGGAAAAUAAGUAUCAGAGCGCAGACUUUCCUACGCUAUGCAUUGGCCUAUCAGCCUUGGGCGUGGAGGGAGUCUGAACAUUUCCUCUCCCACGUGUUGUCGUGGGGGUGUUUUGCUUCCUGCCUCUCCACGCUUUACAGAUAAAGAGCACCACGCUCUGAUUUUCCAUCUUAUUGCCAUAUAUAUACUUCAUGGAGACACUGAGGGAGGGGGAGAGACAGAUGGUCAUGGUCAUUUAGACCAUCUCUCUCUCACACACAACCAGUGUCAGCCAGGAAAUUCAGAGCCCUGCACAGUGGACUAAGCAGUAGCAGUAACUUGUCUCUAUGGGGAAAUGGAAGCAACCGCUUACGGAUUACACUUGGAUGGAGAUGAGGGGUGUGACUUCAACUUUUCACCUCUACUGCACCCUUCUUUCGCCCUUCCCCUCCACCCUCUAUCUUUGUGUCUCAGGUGUGUGUUCGGCCUGUGAGCAGUGAUGGGGGACUGGAGUCUCCUGGGGAAUUUCCUAGAGGAGGUCCAGGAACACUCCACCUCGGUGGGGAAGGUGUGGCUCACCAUCCUCUUCAUCUUUCGCAUCCUGGUGCUGGGCACAGCGGCCGAGUCCUCGUGGGGCGACGAGCAGAGCGAUUUCCUGUGCGACACCCAGCAGCCUGGUUGCACUAAUGUAUGUUAUGACAGCGCCUUCCCCAUCGCCCACAUCCGUUACUGGGUGCUGCAGAUUGUUUUUGUCUCCACACCAUCCCUCAUCUACAUGGGCCAUGCCAUGCACAUAGUGCGCAGGGAGGAGAAGCGGAGGAGGCAGGAGCAGGAAGAGAAGGAGGCAAGAGGUGAGGGUGGCGAGGACCUGGAGGGGGAGAAGAAGUACCUCCAGCAGAAGGAGAUGACAUCUGAUGGGACUGGCCGUGUUCGUCUGAAAGGGGCGCUGCUGCAGACUUACAUCCUGAGCAUCUUGAUCCGCACUGUGAUGGAGGUGACGUUCAUCGUAGUGCAGUACCUGAUCUAUGGGGUGUUCCUCAAAGCGCUGUACCUGUGCAAGUCAUGGCCCUGCCCCAACCCAGUCAACUGCUACAUGUCCCGGCCCACGGAGAAGAACGUCUUCAUCAUCUUCAUGCUGGUGGUGGCUGGUGUGUCUCUACUGCUCUCUGUGUUGGAGCUUUACCACCUUGGCUGGAAGAGUGCCCGAGGGUGUGUACGCAAAAAGAUGAUGCAGAAGGACAACCACAAAGCAGUGACCGUGUCCGUGUCUGCAGCUUUGGAACCCAGCAGCCCACCGCGGCCCUCGGCCGCCUGCACCCCACCUCCUGAUUUCAGCCAGUGCUUGGCGGCCCCAAGCUCCAUGAACCCCAUGACCUCCAUGGCCUCUCACCCCUUCAACACCAGGAUGGCGCUGCAGCAGAACUCAGUCAACAUGGCCACCGAGCUGCAUCACAGCUGCGACAACCUGGAGGACGAGGAAGACUUCCUGAGGAUGAGAUACGACCAGGCGCCCACGGAGCUGCCUAACAGCUGCUCCCCGUCACCUCUGAUGCACUCCGGCUACAUGAAGGACAAACGCCGCCUGAGCAAGACCAGCGGUACCAGCAGCCGGGCUCGCCAAGAUGACCUGGCAGUAUAGGCCCAUGGCCAGAAGGAGGGAGGGCCAGACCUAAAGAACCAAAGAGAAGCAACAGAAACAUCAGUUUAGCAAGAGACAAAUACGAGACUAAGUGUUAUUCCUGAAUGAAGAUUUCAGAACGCAGACUCUGGCAUUUAGUCCUGACACUUGACUAUGGAAGAUGGACCACAUUAGAAAUAUACACUGAUAUCUGUGAGUGGACCAUGUAAACUUGACGUGUGUGAGCUCUGUGAACAGUCCGUCCAAGAGCUUGAAAAACUGACAACCAAACUGCAAGAGGAAAAUAAUUUUGUAAUGAGAGCAGGGUAACAGGGUGUGAUACCUGACUAUUGCACAUUUUAUGUUUUACUUAAAAAAAAAAAAAAAAAAAACUAAGUGAGGGAAAGGGACGAGAAUGACGUGACGCAUGGUGCUUGGUGUGAGCUGACUCAUUCAUCAUAAAGCAAAAUAUUCCAAGAAAUCUCAACUAUUCAACUAAACAUAGAUUAGCCAAUGACUUUAAAUAGCACAACUCUACCGCUGCAAAAAAUUAAGAGAUACAAUAAACUGUGAAGCUUGCUGCACAUUUGCAGUGAAUCAAGGUAAAGUGCCUUAUCAAGUGUAAAAAAAAAACCCAAAAAACCAUCUAUUUCAACAUAACACUUUUUUUUUUUCUUCCAAAAGCCACAGUAAAGUUGUAACUUUAAAUGAAGCCACUUGUCGACUUAAUGUGAUUGCAGUACACAGAACUGUAGGUCAACAAACAUAAAAUGUAACUCAAGAGUAAUAACUUAAUCUUCUGAAAAAGUGUCAGUAAGACUUUAUUUGACAGGAGCCGCGGUGUAGAGAGGUGGUGACAGAAUGUAGCCUGUUUGAGGCUUUUCCUAUUGAAAGAGAAAAAGAAGAGGUCCUGCUUGGAUGGUGGUUAUGAGCAGAUCCAGCCACUUGGUGGCAACAUUGCACUUAUGUUUUUCAGUUUUACUCCUGGAGCCAUUGUGUAAAUACUGAAUUUGUCCCUAUGCAAUGUGUGUUUCCAUUGAAGUCUUUGAAUGUAUUUUAUUUUUGUUGUCUGUUCUUACUGUAUAUAGAAAGAUUUGUAUAUGAAAACGUUUGUGAAUGAUCAUCCUUGCAAAUGGUGGUUUGAAGUUUUAUCCUACAGAUCUAUACAGCAAUAAUUCUUACAAGAAAACAGACAUCUUGUUCAGCCUACUGCACUUUCACUGCAGUUGUUGGUUCUGUCACACAGACCUUUAUGCGAUACAUGUCAUCACUAACUCAUCACAAAUUAAUAAAUCAUCAACCGUAUAGUC